UUGAGUAAUAAAGACUGGAAAGACUAUGAUAGGGUGGUUAAUCGUCUAGAGGAUAUAUGUCAGUUGGCUAAAGAGCUUGGAAUUGGGAUUAUGAUAGAUGCUGAACAAUCGUAUUAUCAAGAAGCUAUUGAUCAUUUUGCACUGCAUUUACAACAAAAAUUUAAUCGUAUUCAAGACACACACCAUGAAGCACUUGUAUACAAUACUUACCAGAUGUACACCAAAAGUGGGCAACACAAACUGGAAAGAGACACAAGAUGGGCAGAACAAAAGGGAUUUACACUAGCAGUCAAAUUAGUCCGUGGAGCUUACAUGGUGUCAGAGACAAAGCGCGCUAAAGACCUGGGCUACCCUUCUCCGAUUCAAGACACGCUUGAAGACACACACGCGUCAUUUAAUGGAGCCAUUCUUUUCUUGCUGAAUAAACUUCAGGAGCACCAUUGUUCAACCCGUCAAAUCUUGUCUCCCACGACAUCUCCGGUUGUAUUUAUGAUAGCAAGUCACAACAGAGAAUCGGUUGUACUGACAGUUGAAGAGAUGGAACGUCACCACGUAUCUCCUCAGUCUGGUGUUAUCCAGUUUGGCCAACUGUAUGGAAUGCAGGACCAGAUUUCGUAUAUUUUGGGCAAAAAUGGGUAUUCUACAUACAAAUACCUCCCGUAUGGCAUGAUCGAUCAAGUGCUUCCCUAUCUUGUGCGCCGUGUUCAAGAGAACUCAGCUGUUCUUGAAAGCGUAUCAAAAGAACAACAGUUACUAUUGCAGGAAAUCAAGAAGCGAUUCCUUUUCAAAAAAGAAGAAGAUCCAGAAAUUACACCUCCUGUUUAG